AUAAUAGGACAAAAAGGUUAUGUUACGAUAUCUUAAAAAUUUACGAAAAAAAUAAUAAUGGAAAUAAUCAUAGAACUUCCUCAAGAUAUUAAUAAACUGUGUCGCACCUGCAUGGAUAUCGUUAAAAGUGAAAAUAAAAGGGACAUCUUCACCGUGGAGAAUGAAGAUUUACUCUUAAUGUUAAAAAACGUCAUCUGCGUAAAAAUUUCUGCACAAGACGGUCUUCCUAAGUAUUUAUGCGGUGAGUGCGUUAAAAAACUUGAAUUCGCGUACAGUUUUAAACAACAAUGCGAAGACACUUACAUUAAUUUUAAAGGAUUCUUAAAUCCUAACCAAGAAGAACAACCGGAAAGCACUGAAAAUACGCUUAAAUUGGAAGAUUUGAAUAAAUUUAUUUGCGUCGUGUGUUCGGAGAGGUUUCCUUCACAGUAUUCGUUAAGUAGACAUGAAAUAAUUCACGAUAAAUCUAAAUCCCUUACAAGCAGGUUUGAAAGUAGUAAUAACACAGAGGAGGAACAAGAAUAUGACGAAAAAUUGGUAGGGGGUGAUGUUUUAGAAUUAAUUGAUGAACGUAAAAACAAUGGUAUUCAAAGGAUGGAAAUAGAAACGAUCGAGGUGAUUGAAGCAAAUGAAAGCACAAUUCUUAUUGAUAACUUAAAUGAAAAUAAUGGAGUAAAAACUUGUGAUAUAUGCAAUCGAGAAUACCCAGAUCAUUUAACUUUAUGUUUUCAUUUUAUAAAUCAUGCUUUAUUAAUUGAAAGUGAUACAGACCCAGAUAUUUUCCAACAAUAUUUUUUUUGCGAUUGUUGUGGGGAAACUUUUGAGACUAAAAGUGACAUUGAUAACCACAUGUUGAACUGCUUUUCAAAUAAAAUGAUAUAUAAAUGUGAUAAAUGCGAAAUUCAAUUUAAAACGGAUAUUGACCUCUUAAAACACGACGAACAAGAACAUAAAUUACUUAAUAACUUAUCUUGGAAUGAAGUGUUUUUAAAAACGAUUGAAAAAAAUGAAUUUGUUUGCCCGAUUUGUACCGAAUCUUUCGCUACAAAACAUGCUUUAACUGUGCAUUCAGUUAAACACGUUUUAAAACAAGUUACUUGUAGGAUUUGCAAGAAAACGUUUUGUUCGCAAAUUGCUUGUAAUAACCAUUUGAAAAUUCAUCCGAAUUAUAAGCACGUUUGUGAGCGAUGUGGUCGUUGCUUAGGGAGUAGACAUGCUUUAAAAACACACAUUAUGGGGGUACAUUCAACGUCGAGUAACUAUGUGUGUACGGUUUGCUCAAAAAAAUUUAAAACACCAAGUCGGUUAUAUAUUCAUAAAUUAAUUCAUAAAAAGGAUAAGAAAUACGAUUGUAGACUUUGUGGUUAUAAAACAAACAAUGUGGGAGAUUUAAAGGUUCACAAUAGGAUUCAUACUUUAGAGAGGCCCUAUAAAUGCAACUUUGUUAAUUGCAAUCGAAUGUUUAAAACGUCCAGCCACUUAAAUGAACACAUCCAAAGACAUUUACAAAUUAAAAAGUACCAGUGUGAUCAAUGCCAAAUGGUUUUUGGACAUCAACAUACAUUAAAAAUGCACAUAAUGGUACAUACAGGGGAAAAGCCGUUUAAUUGUGAAGUGUGUGGAUUGAAAUUUCGCCGAAAACACCACCUAAAAAAUCACAUGAAGCAACAUGAACCUCAAGAAAUAGAUGAAUUUGAAACUAUUAAUAUUAAUAUUUAAUUAAUUUAAAUCAAAUUUUGUU